AACCAUAUUUUGUGGACGUGGUAAGUUUUGUCGAAAAGACAGAAUUGUUGAAUAACAUGUAACAACAACCACAAUUAAGUUACUAAUCAUUCUUAUUUGAAUCUUAGGUAACACGUGAGUUCUUGUUGGCCGGUUUUAGCCGACUACAAGCUUUGGACGGACUUCACGGACGCAGUACUGUAAGUCUUCUGUUUUUAAUUUGAUCACUUUUAACUUCCGGUGAUUAAUUACGAUGUUUUGCGUUAUUUUUGAAAACUAGUAACUUUUACUUUGCAAUCAGGUCAUAAGUUUCUUUUAAAAUUCGUGCCAUCGAACGUGCCACGUUGCAUGUCGCUGGGGUCAAAUAGUUUACGAGUACGACUUAUGAACUUUGCUUCAAUUAUGUAAUCUGUAAACAGCUCGUGUAUUUCAUACUGGAUCAGGAUUAUCUGAUAUCUAGAGAAUUGUAGAUAAAAGUUAGUUGUUAUCUGAUCUUCAGAGUAGCUUUAGAGCCCGUUAUAGGCUAUUACAGGAAAACUAUUGAACGUGUCGAAUCUUGUAAAUUGAUUGAAUCUAUAAAUAAAGUACGUUGUAUCCUUCUACUUGUUUGGCAUCACGGAAGUAGGUCUUAGACGUAACCUUAAAUAAGGCUAUUUUAUGUAGGGAACGAUAUCUUUAAAGUAGGCCGCCAUUCUCUGAACAUCUGCCUUUCGAACACGGUUGCCACGUCGUAGAAAUCGAUGACUGUGAUCGACGCUUGUUCAAGACAAGUGAAAUAAGGCCUACAAGUUAAAAUUUGUUUUCGGAUUUUGAAUUUCUUUUUCACACGUACACGUAAUGUAUUGUUUUGCAUUUCAGCGAGUACUGUAGAACUAGAACCCGGUCACCGGUUAUGAGUACGGAUAUGGAUUCGAUGGUAGAUGGUGUAAAGGAUGAGAAGUGCGUGCAUAGGUAUGGCGAUGCUUUUCCGCCCCUACCCAGUACGUCUCCUAGUCCGGAGAAUACCAAUAGUGAGGGAAAUUGGACGAAAUCUCCAGCAGCUCCGAAGAUGUCGCUAAGGUCGUCGACCGUUACGCAAGUCUUUCAGGUUCCGCUGGAGGAAAGACGUUUCAAGGAUGCAGGAGCUGAAAAUUGUUCCUGGGGAAACAGUAAUCAUAGUAGCACUGAACAAGCUCGCGUAUGUGGAGAUAUUAUGAAAAGCUUCAACGUUUCUAUAGAGCUUUCUUCUGGAAAAGAUCGAUCACUGACAGUUGUUAUAACUGGAAAGAAUGAUGCUGUAAUGAAGGCAAGAAGAGAGGUUUUAAAUAAACUACAAACACCCUGGAAACAACAGAUGCACAUACCCAAGGAACAUCAUCGUUUCAUUCUUGGUCCAAAAGGGGCUCGUCUCCAAAAGCUCGAAUUAGAUACAGCCACUAAGAUACAAAUGCCCCGAUCCGAUGAACCAUCCGAUGUCAUAAUGCUAAUCGGAACUAAAGAAGGAGUUGAAAAGGCAAGACACGAAAUUCAAUUAAUAUCUGACGAACAAGCAAAAUUAGCAAUGGAGCGUCUUCCCAUCCCGAAAGUUUUUCACCCAUUUAUCCAAGGUCCCGGAAAUAGAACCGUGAGCGAUUUAACGAAUAGUUAUGGUGUGCGCAUAUCCAUUCCGCCGUUGUCGGUGAACAAAGACGAAAUCGUUAUUUCUGGAGAAAAGGAAGGUGUGAAAAAGGCCGCCGAAUAUGUUAAAAUGUUAUUUGAGGACAAACGCAAAAACUGCCAAACUGUUUCAGUUGAAGUAAGAAAGUCUCAACACAGAUAUGUUUUGGGGGUUCGUGCAAGCGGAAUACACGAAAUUCUUGAGGCAACUGGAGUCAGUGUGGAGGUUCCACCAACUGAUAAUGCCUCGGAAACAAUAACUUUGAGAGGAGAUCCUCAGAGCCUUGGGGCAGCACUUUCCCAAGUUUAUGCCAGAGCUAAUAGCGUUGUUGUUAGAGUUGUUGAAGCACCUUCUUGGUUACAUCGUUUUAUUAUCGGAAAAGGUGGCGACAACAUCAAGGCUAUAUCUUCAGAUAUACCUAAAGUUCACAUAGAAUUUAUAGACGAUCAGGACAAAAUUAGCAUCGAAGGUCCACCUGAUGAAGUAAAUCAAGCCGAACAGUCCUUGCGUACCAUCAUAAGUCGCUUACUACAAAGCAUGUCUUAUGAAGAAGUGAAAAUAGACCAGAAGUAUCAUAGAUAUGUGAUUGGACAGAAGGGAGCAAAUGUUAACAGACUAAAAACCGAAUUGGGCGUGGCAGUAAGAGUUCCGUCCGAUUCUGAAAAGAGCGAUGUGAUUAGAAUUGAAGGCAGCCCAGUUGGAGUAGAAACAGCUCGAAAACAAAUUUUGGAUAUGGUGGAAAAAGUGGCUAAUGAAAAAUCUAGAGAUAUCAUCAUUGAACAACGCCUCCACAAACAACUAAUUGGCUCUGGUGGAAAGAAUAUUCAAGAAAUAAGAGACAAGUUUAACAACUUACAAAUUACUUUCCCAGAACCAAAUAAAGUAAGCGAGAUUGUAACGCUUCGUGGACCGAAAAAUGAUGUAGAUGGCUGCUACAAUUAUUUACUGAAAUUCGCACGGGAUAUUGCUGAAGCUAAUUUUACAGCUGAAGUAAGAGUUUACAAACAAUUUCACAAGAAUGUAAUUGGAAAGGGCGGAGCAACUAUUCGUCAAAUUCGAGAAGACACUAACACGAAAAUUGAACUACCAUCUGAACGAGCGGAAACUGAUAUGAUUAAGAUUACCGGAAGAAAAAAGGAUGUUGAGGCAGCUAGAAAGCGUAUUGAAGACAUACAAAAUACACAGGCUAACAUGGUGGAAGAUACCGUUACUAUAUCACAAAAAUUACACAAUUCACUAAUUGGAGCAAGAGGACGCUUAAUUAAGGCUAUAAUGGACGAACACGGUGGAGUUCAGAUUCAUUUCCCUGUUGAGGGCGCAAAAUCUGACAUCGUUACUUUGCGUGGACCUAAGGAAGAUGUAGCUUCAGCGAAGAAAGCUUUGAUUGAAGCUGCCAACGAAAAAGCAUCCCAGUCUCAUACGGCAGAAGUGAGAUGCAAAGCCGAAUACCACCAAUUUUUGAUCGGUAGACGAGGUACAAAGGUGGCGGAAAUUAGAGAUAAGACUGGAGCAAGAAUUAUAUUCCCAGCUCGCGACGAUAAGGACCAGGUCAUCACUGUAAUCGGAACUGAAAAAGCUGUCGAAGAGGCACGAAAAGAAUUGGAAGCAAGAAUUGCGGCCUUGGAUAAUGUGAUAGAAUCAACUAUUGAUGUUGCGCCACAGUAUCACAAACACUUUCUGGCUAAACGUGGUGAACAAUUGCGUUUGAUCGCUGAUGAAUAUGGUGGAGUUAGUGUUUCAUUCCCCCCACCUAAUUCUGGAAAAUCGGUUGUUGGAUUAAAAGGAGCUAAAGAUUGCGUUGAAGGUGCAAAAAAACGCAUUCAAGAGAUGGUUGAAGAUCUCGAAGCCCAGGUUACGAUUUCUUGCGUCAUUGCACAAGAACAUCAUCGCUCGGUUAUGGGGGCAAGAGGCUCGAAUGUACAAAAGAUAGCUACGGACUUUGGUGUUCUCAUCAAAUUCCCGGAUAGACCGGAAAGAAACGUGAAUGGUGAUGUCCCAGUUGAUAAUGGAACAGAAAAGCAUGAUGCCAUUUCGAUUACGGGUAGAAGUGAAAAAUGCGAAGAAGCAAGUAAAGCCUUGAAAGCGCUUGUCCCAAUUACUAAAGAAGUUAAUGUUAUUCAAACCAUGCAUCGUUACAUCAUUGGCAAAGGAGGUGAAGGAGUAAAGCGUAUAAUGCAAAAUCACGAAGUACAAAUUGCAGUACCGACAGCUGGCGAUCCAAGCGAUGCCAUAAAGAUAACUGGUGUAGAAAAAGCUGUUAAUGAGGCCAUUACUGCAAUUGAGGAUCGUGUUAAGCAGCUGGAACUCGAAGAAGAGGAACGACAACGCAAGUCAUUCCAAGUUGAAGUUGUUGUUGAUCCAAAAUACCAUCCAAAAAUUAUUGGAAAGCGUGGCUCUGUUGUUACAAAGAUUCGUGAUACCCAUGACGUCCAAAUACAAUUUCCAGACAAAAAGAAUGCCCAAAACCCUGAUACCAUUGUAAUUACAGGAUACGAGGAGAAGUGCUCAGCCGCUCGUGACGAGAUUUUGGCUAUUGUUAAAGAACUAGAAGAACAGUACAUUGUUGAAAUUGAACUUGAUCACCGAGUUCAUCCUCGUAUAAUUGGGAUCCGUGGAAAAUCCCUCAGAAAGAUCAUGGAUGACUUCAAAGUGGAUAUUCGCUUUCCAGGACGUGACGCAUCAACACCAGAUUUAGUAACCAUCACCGGAAAUGAAGAUGACGUAUAUGAUUGCCGCGAAUGUCUGCUGAACAUGGCGGAAGAGUACCUACAAGAUAUUGUUGAAAAAGAGGCGCUCGAUAAGUACCGUUAUCCUAAGGACACAGUUAAUUCAAAUGCAAAGAGUGAUAGCGAGGGAUUCAGGGUUAUAGAUGCACCCUGGAGUGCUCCAGACACUAAUAGUACUACGGAUUUCCCUGAUCUGGCGUCGGCUUCCGCUCCCCGCACAACUCCGACAUGGGGGCCGUCUGUUAAGCGUUGAACUGUGCUCAAAUUAUUGUUUUAUGUUUGGCGUUGAUUCUUGUUACUAAUGAUAUAAAGCAACAACAAACUUGACGACGCUGCUGCAUAUCAGCUGUCUGCAUUCGCUAGCACUCUAUCCCGUCAAUAUAUACAUAUAUGCUAUAUAUAUUUAUAUAUAUGACUUACGUUAUUUGCAUUCUACAUUUAUGCCUUUCAAUGCUGGUGAUAAGUUGGUUAAAAAAUACAAUUAAUUAUCAAUCGGUUAUCUUAAUUGAAUUGUAUUCUUAGUCAUGAUUUGAAUCUUUAAACACAGCGACAGUACAUAAAUUCUCCUUUUUCAAUAACACAUUUCUGAAAAUACCUGACCGUUAACAUAUUUAAAUCACUUUUAGGAUAAUACUUUACUUUGAAUCUGUUUCUAAAAUAACAACUGGCACCUCAGCUCUGUCUUUUUGAAGUUCCUGCGCCCGAUCUGGUAUGGCAGACAAAACACUACUAAGUUUGAGUUCUGUUGAUGAUGCUUUCUUCGCUAUGAAAAUAUAUUCAAAUGAUAAUAAUAAAUAAAAAGAUCAAGUAUAAUUGUGAUCAAAUUAGUGUCUAGCUUACAAGCCAAUAUCAUUCCUUGAGAAUCUAGACAUACAGCCGCUCUGACAUCCUCCUGAUGAACUCUAAUGAAUAAAAUAUCGCUCAUUUUGUAUUAUUCAAAAUAAGCAUAAGCAGAUUAAAUUGACUUACAACUCAUCUAAAUGCCUUUCAAUUGGUUUCUCCAUAUAAUAUGUUGAUUAAGUUAUUUAAAUAUAAUAUAUAAAGCAGUCAAAUUAAUGGUUUCGAUAUAACAGUUUGAGCUUUAUUUUGAUCAUAUGACGGAAAAUAAUCCGCUUAUUUUACCUGCAUGCGGUGUCUUUUUUUCGCGCUCUUUUCGAAAAAGAAUGAAUGGUAAAUAAUUUU